GCUUGAGAGAGAGAGAGAGAGAGAGAGAGAGAGAGAGAGAGAGGACGCAAUCAUGGUUGGAUUACCGUACGAUUUUCUUCUUAAUCCUCUUGGCGCUGUGAGAUCAACCUUCGAGAAGGCGAUAUCAUCUGGUUCCAAUCCAGCGUGUUUUGAUGGCAAGGACUGGGGCGCUCUCGAUCCCUUUCGCCACUUCCUUUUCGACCAAAAUGGUCUCUCUAAGGUCUUAUUUGGUCAUGUUCCGAUUCUUAACGCUUCGAGCGCUAGAUGGGUUCAGCCCAAUACUCUUGUUCGGUUUCGAGGAAUGAUACAAGACAUGCUAGGAAAUGAAUUUUAUGUUGGCGCUUACAAGGAUGGCUCCACUUGGAAAACCACCAAGUUUACGGAUUCGUCUCAAUGCCCAAUGGGAUUUUCACCAGAUAUGCGCAUCUGGGAACGCCGUUUGCUAUACUGUGUGCCUGUUCCAGGUCAGAAUUAUUGGACAGAAUCCUCACAACUAGGAGAUACCAAUCAGAAUGUUGAGGGGACAUCUGAAAACAGAGAAAAGCGGCACAGAGUGGAUGCGAAUGAUAUCGAUCAUAUGGACUUGCUUGCCCCAAGCAAUGAGCUUCAAGGUUCUUCAAGUGCGAAAAAGAUGAAAGAUGAACAACUUUCUCCAGGCUUACAGUCUCAGAAUAUUUUCACUGCGGCUACAUCUAGUCUAAGCACCGUCAGUAAUGCUGAAAGGGAUUUUCUUCCUUGUCUGGUUAAGAUAUACGAUACUGUGGAAUCUGAGUUAAAGCUGAAUGAUGUAUUUGAGUUUAUUGGUGUUAUUACCCUGGGCACAGAGCCGAAAGUUGACAAGAACGAGGAUGAUGAGUUCUCAAAUGGUUUAAGUGAAGACUUAUCAGUUCAAUUUCCUCCAGACACGGUACCACGUCUCCAUUGUGUUAUUCACAGGAAACUUGCUGUUCAUGACUUCCUUCAAACUUGCCAUGUGUUUGAGCCCCAAACCCAUCAAAUUAGAGAGAUACGUACAGCUCUUCUGAAUCACCUGACAGUCGUUCUUGGCAAUGAUGGAGUGGCAGCUAAUUUUUUGUUGUUGCAUCUUCUGUCCAAGGUGCAUGCCAGGGUGGAUUCCUUGGCAGUGGGUAAACUUUCACUAAACCUCACAGGUUUCAACAAAGAAAGUAUGUCCAUUUUUGGCAAUCAGCUUAGGCUUACUGUCAAGAGCCUUCUUCCAUUCACGGAAUACGUACCACUCACAGUGGAAUAUCUAAAUACUGCCUCAUUGGCACCGAAGAAGGAUUAUGAGACAAACAGACUGGUUCCUGGUGUCCUUCAGCUGGCAGAAGGCUCACAUUUGAUGAUUGAUGAAACUCAACUACAAACAGGGACACUGAGUUCUGUAGGAGUUGAAAAUGCAAGGCUGCUAAAAAGUCUAAUGGAGUUGCAAAAGGUCGAAUAUGAUUUCAAAUAUUACAAAAUGGAUAUGACAACCGAUGUCCAAUUGUUAAUUUUGUCCGAGGGUAAAUCAAACAUUUUGCCAGCUGAUUUGGUUGUGCCUUUCCAACCUUCCGCUGUAGGUUCAUCUGCAAUUACUGAUAUGGUUGCACUAGAAGCAUGGAGGUGGUACUUAUGUAAUGUAAGGUCAUUGCCACAUUCCAUUGAGUCAGAAAUGCAGCAGGUUGUAGAAAAUGACUUGGUGGCAGCAAAGCAAGCAGAUAGGAGCUUAGCCAGCCAAGACUUAAGCAGGUUGCUAACGAUUGGCCGCCUGAUAUCCGCAAGUUAUGGAGAAACCUGCCUUUCAUUGGAACAUUGGCAGAUAGCCAAGGAAAUAGAAAGGCUGAGAAAGGAGAGGCUCACGUGAGAAGCAGAAAAAGAGAGAACAAAUGGAUGAGAAAAUGAAAGCGAAGCCAGGGCUGAGAUACCAUCAAUAAUGAACAUAAUAGGGUGGCGGGGUGGGAUCUUUAGCAUGAAGAGUGUAAGAAAGUAUGGAACCACUUGGACACAGAGUGAGUAAUGGUGUCAUUUCAGACGAGAACCUCAAUACGUGUCUGAGUUAUCAUGAAGAGCUUUGUGUUGUGUUGUGGACCAUGUCUUGUCUUGUCUCCGAUGCCUCUAAAACCUCCAAAAAUGGUCCUUUUUUUUUUUUUUUUGCUUUGGGGUUACAACUUACAAGGCUGGAAUAGAAGACACACACAUGCCACAGCCACAUUAUUUCGUGUGAUGCAAGAAUAUGUGCCACUCACUUUGCCCCUUAUUCUCUUUCGUUAUUCCAGAAUUGUUGGGUUGUCUAACUUAAUAAUUUUCACCUCAACCAUUGUUUUCUUUUCA